AUGUUCCCUUUGAUUGUCAUCUUCCUUCUCCUGCAGCUUCUUGCCUUAGUGAGCACUUUUGAUAAUGAAGCCUGCCUUUACCAAAGGAGCACCAGCGUGCACAAGGAUGAAGAUGUGGUGAUUGGGUUGCUCUUCUUUCUUUAUGUCUACAUAUACUACACUGGUGUCUUUGAUAUGAAGCCUAUGAAGGAAUUCCAUGUCAUGCCGCUGAUGCCCAGCAACUACCAGAACUACCUGGCCUUCACUUUUGCCAUAGAAGAGAUCAAUAUGAAUCCUCACCUUUUACCCAACAUUUCUCUGGGCUAUGAGUUCCAUAAUUUUAUUUCCAGUCAUUGGAGGAUACUAGACAAUUCCUUCAUUUUGCUCACAGGACAACAUGAGAUCCCUAAUUACACUUGUGGGAGAGAAAGCAAGUGUGCAGCAGUCCUGACAGAAAUGCUGGGUGGAACCUUGGCUCAGAUUGGGCCACUGCUGGAGCUCUACAGAUUUCCACAGGUUACCUUUGGCUCAUUUGAUCCUACACUGACUGACACUGGCCAGUAUCCUUCUAUCCAUCAGGUGGCCCCAAAGGACACUUACUUGGCCCUUGCCAUGGUAUCCUUGAUGCUUCAUUUCCGCUGGACCUGGGUGGGCCUUCUUAUUACAGAAGGCCAUAAGGGUCUUCUGUUUCUCUCAGAUAUAAGAGCUGAGAUGGACAGGAACAGAGUCUGUGUAGCCUUUGUGAAAAUGGUGUCCACUGUGGCUAUGUCAUAUGUUUCUGCCUUACAGAAGCAUGAUAUCCUGAGUGCAGAUACAUCAUCAGCCAAUGUGGUGGUCAUGUACUAUGAUAAUAAUAUAGGAAAUGAUAUAAGUUAUAAUAUAAUGCAACAUUUAGUGACAUGGAAAGUCUGGGUGACAAACUCACAGUGGCAUGCUGACUUGACUGGGAGAGAUUUCCUACUAGAUUCAUUCCAUGGGAUUCUUGUUUUUUCACAUAGCCACCAAGAGAUUUCAGGUUUCAAAAAUUUUGUCCAGGCAGCUACCCCUUUCAAAAAUCCAGAAGACACUUACCUCUUUAUGUAUUGGUCCAAAAACUUUGAUUGCUCACUCUCUGAGUCUGACUACUCCUUGAAGAACUGUACCCCUAAUGCCUCUCUCACUUGGUUGCCUCAGAAUCGUUUUGAUACAGCCAUGAAUGAAAGGAGCUCCAAUAUAUACAACACUGUGUAUGUGGUGGCCCAUGCCCUCCAUGCAAUGAUUUUUGAAGUACAAAAGCCACCAAUGAGAAAUAGACACAUGAUGAUGUUUCCCCCCUGGCAGCUGCAUCCCUUUUUGAAGAACGGCCAAUUUAACAAUCCAGCUGGAGACCAAGUGAACUUUGAUCACAGCAGAAAACUGGAUUCAGAAUAUGACAUUAUCAAUUUUUGGAAUUUUCCAGAAGGCCUUAGAUAUAAAGUUAAACUAGGAACAUUUUAUUCACAUGCUACUAAUGGUCAAAAAAUGACAUUAUCGGAGAAUAUGAUAGAGUGGGCCACAGGAAUUACAGAGACUCCCCGCUCGGUAUGCAGUGACAGUUGCAGUCUUGGAUUUAGAAAAAGCCCUCAGGAGGGAAAAGCUGCCUGCUGUUUUGAUUGUACCCCUUGUGCAGACAACGAGAUCACCAAUGACACAGAUAUGGAACAUUGUGUUAAGUGUCCAGAUCAUCAGUAUGCCAAUAAUCAGCAAAGCCAUUGCCUGCAAAAAGCUGUGACUUUUCUGGCUUAUGAAGACUCCCUAGGGAAGGCUCUGGCUGGCACUGCCCUGAGUCUCACUGUCCUCACAACUGCAGUUCUUGGGCUAUUUGUGAAGAACAGAGACACUCCCAUCGUCAAGGCCAACAACAGGGCUCUCAGCUACACCCUGCUCAUCUCCCUCACCUGCUGUUUCCUCUGCUCCUUGCUCUUCAUUGGCCGUCCCAACACAGCCACCUGCAUCCUGCAGCAGACCACAUUUGGAGUUGUGUUCACUGUGGCUGUUUCCACUGUCUUGGCCAAAACCAUUACAAUGGUGCUGGCCUUCAAGGUCACUGCUCCAGGCAGAAGGAUGAGGCAGUUGCUGAUAUCAGGGGCACCAAAUUCCAUCAUCCCCAUGUGCUCCCUGAUCCAGCUCACUCUCUGUGCAGUCUGAAUGGGGACAAAUCCACCCUACAUUGAUACAGACCCACACUCUGAACAUGGCUACAUCAUCAUCGUGUGCAACAAGGGCUCCCUCACUGCCUUCUACUGUGUCCUGGGAUACCUGGGCUCCAUGUCCCUGGUGAGCUUCACUGUGGCUUUCCUGGCCAGGAACCUGCCUGGCACCUUCAAUGAAGCCAAGUUCCUGAUGUUCAGCAUGCUGGUGUUCUGCAGUGUGUGGGUCACCUUCCUGCCCGUGUACCACAGCAGCAAGGGGAAGGCUAUGGUGGCCAUGGAGGUCUUCUCCAUCUUGGCCUCCAGUGCAGGGCUGCUGGGUUGCAUCUUUGCCCCUAAGUGCUACAUCAUUUUGUUGAGAGAAGAUAUGAAUUUUUUAUAUUCUUUCAAGGAUAAAAGCCAUUUUGGAUGUAAAAAUACAUAG